AUGGUUUUAUACCAUUUCUUGCUGCUCCUCGUCGGAGCACAUGCGCUAUUCGAGGAUCAAGUCGGCAAAUUUGAUUGGCGUAAACAGUUCAUCGGAUGUCCCACCCAAAUCGAGGUCGAUCGCCGCGGGAAAUUGGAUCGGUAUCUGAUGGCGACAGAGGAAAACGUGGUCGCUGCUCUUUCAAUGAACACUGGAGAGAUUGUUUGGCGCAAAGUGCAAGAGGAUACCGCGAAUCAAGGCCACCGACAUGCGCCCACGUUUGCUGGAAACAAAAAUGCAAUCUGCACGGUUUCCGAUUCCGGAAGAAUGCUUCGGAUAUGGUCGAAACGAGAUGGCGCUUUCUUGGGACAACUUCUUUUGAGCAGUGUCGAGAGCCCACAUCCUCCGGCGGUUGCUAUUGAGAACGAAGCCUGCCUUGUCGUUGCACACAAUCGAGCCAUUGCUGUAUCGCUAAAAGAUGCCACCAAGUUGUGGGAAAUCGAGAUCAAUAAGAGUAAUUGGGUAGCCGCUCGUCCACAUCGAGAUGGUUUCGCAAUUGUUGGUGGAAUUCAAGAAAAUUCAGAGGUACACGUUAAAUGGGUUGAUGCACAAGGAAAUCAAAAUUUGAAUCGUAUUUUGUCCGUGAAUUCUUUCAACCCAAAAAGAGUAACGCUAUCCGGUCGACAUCUUCUUGGUCAUUGGGAUUCAACUUUGUACUCACUCGAUAUAUUGGCCAACGGACCUGAGAUGAAAAUUGAAGUUGUCGACAAGAAAGAACAAAUUUUGGAGGUCGUUCAAUUUGCGACAGAGGGUUAUGCUGCUGUUCGAACCACCGAGCACACAGCUGUCUUAAAUUUGGCUAAAAACUUUGCUGAAGUUUUGUCUACGGGAAAAAGCGACGCUGUUUCGGAGUUCGUGAACAAGGAUGGCGUCCAAUAUGUUGCCCUCGUGCAAAAUCAUGUGUUGACUGUCUUCGAUCUGAACGAGCGGAAGGAAAUAUUAAAACAAGUCGCGUAUGGCGAUCCGACUUUAUUGGCUCCUGUGAAGAAAGUCGUUGUUGGUGGUGGAGACAAAGAAUGGGAAUUUUUGGUUAUUGGAGAAGACUGCCGGAUGGAUCAUCUUGUUGUUGAUUUGAACGCAAAGAAGGGCACAACCGAAUGGUCGAGAGAGGAGGGCCUCACCAAAAUUGGCAGUGUUGAAAUGUUGGACUUGCCUCUCAGUGAGUCUCAAGCGGCGAUCGAGACCGAAUUCAGUGUUGAUGAAAAAAAUGUGCUGGCUUCAUUCAUUCACCGACUAAUUUCACAACUCGAUCAAUUCAAGCGAUGGAUUGGAAAAUCAUUCGAGUCAAUCUUCAAUUUGGCGUUAGUGAUGCAAGUUCAAUCAUCCAGCUUCUCGGAUAUUCUAAAUUCGGUGAGAAACUCUGCAAAAUCUUCAAGUUCUUUCCGAGGCUACCCACUGGAAAGAGACGUUUUCAAUUUGAGAAAAUUGAUGGUCGUGACUUCCCUUAAAGGAUCAAUUUUUGCUCUUGACAAUUCCGACGGGUCCGUUGUUUGGCGAAAAUACUUGGGAGCGAAUGUUGAUGGUUUGACAACUCUGGAUGGGCAUCACAAGAUUCCAAUCUUCAUUCAACGAACAACAGCCUUCUACAAUUUCGAUGCUCAAGUUGCCGUUGCUUAUAAACAAAACGCUGCCACACACAUCACUUUUUUGAAUCCAAUGAACGGAAAAGAAGUUGACCAUCAAGUGGUGAAUGACGCUCGGAGAAUCGAUUUGCUGCCAUUUGUCGGUGACAAUCAUCUGCACUCGAUUAUUGUCGUUGGAGCAAACAAAAAGUUUACCGUGUUUCCAUCAUUACCAGCAAAUGUUCUUGAAACUGCGCCACCUGUACAUUUGUUCGAUGUUGAUCAAAAGAAUGGCAAAAUGACUGGAUUUAGACUUGAUCUGAAAACUCAUGAGCUCAAAGAAACAUGGACCGAAUUUCUUCCACAAUGGCAAGAAUCGACUUUGAUCACCAUAAGUGGAAAGCCUUCAACACAACGCACUCAUUCACAAGGACGCGUGAUGGUUGAUCGAUCGGUUCUCUACAAGUAUGUCAAUCCCAACUUAGUGGCGAUCGCUUUGCUUGGAAAAGAGUCGUCACAGCUGACAGUGAUAAUGCUUGAUGCUGUUACUGGGCAAACGGUUCACUCUGCUAGACUACCAAAAGUCAAGGAACCAGUUCAUUUGGUGCACUGUGAAAAUUGGGUUGCGUAUUCUUACUGGUCGGAAAAGGGACGGCGUACAGAAAUUGCAGUCUUUGAGCUUUUUCAGGGCAUCGAACAGCAACAUUUGGAAACCUUCAGCUCGGAUGAACCGUUGAAGCAGGCGCUGCACGUUGAACAAGCGUCUUUCAUUUUCAGUCAAGGCAUUCAAUCUAUGGCUAUUUCGGAAACCGAACAAGGCGCUUCAAAUCGAGCAAUUCUUGUGGCGCUCCCUUUCGGCAAUAUCUUUGAAGUGAAUCGACGGAUCCUUGACGCAUUGCGACCGAUGGAGUUGACUGCAGAAAUGAGAGAAGAGGGCGGCUUCAUUCCAUACAUGCCCGAGAUCCCGAUCGCCACUGAGGAAAUGCUCAACUACAAUCAGACCGUCCAUCACAUUCAGGGAAUUAAAACAGCUCCCUCUGGUCUCGAGUCGACUUCUCUUGUUUUGGCUUAUGGCCUGGAUAUGUUCUAUACUCGGGUCACGCCAUCAGGAACUUUUGAUAUUCUAAAGGAUGAUUUUGAUCACGUGUUCAUUACGAUUGUUCUUGCCGCUUUGAUACUUGGAUCGAUUUUUGCCCGAAGGAUGGCCCGAAACAAAGCACUCCAACAGCAAUGGGCU